AUGACCUCGUGGCAGGAUGAGCGGCAACAGCUGGCCGUUCCUGAGUUACAGAUAUUAGCGAUGGAUCCUGUGCAGGUCGAUGAUGAGGCAUUCGAGGACUCUAUCUAUAAUGACUCCUCUAGGUUAAACUCUGCUAGCUUUGUUACAUCAUUGAACUCCAGUAUUCUCAAUUAUAAGUACGAGAAUGGCCGUCGUUAUCAUGCAUUUCGCGAAGGAACGUAUCUAGUACCGAAUGAUGAGGAGGAGCAAGAUCGCAUGGACCUGGCCCACCAUGUAUAUCGCUUACUUCUCGGAGGCCCUCUCCACCUCGCUCCGAUUAAGAAUGAUGUCCAGCGAGUCCUGGACCUCGGCACUGGAACCGGCAUCUGGGCAAUAGACUUUGCAGAGUAUGUGCAUGGCAUUGACCCUAGUGAACAUCCAUCCGCACAGGUUAUUGGAACGGAUCUAAGUCCUAUACAGCCUAGAUGGGUUCCGCCAACUUGCUCAUUUGAGAUCGAUGACUUCGAAUGCGAUUGGUUGUAUACCAGACCAUUUGACUUUAUACAUGCCCGUGAACUGGAGGGCUGCAUAGGCAACGAUUUAAAGUUCUUUAAGCAAGCAUUCAAACAUCUAGUCCCCGGGGGGUAUUUCGAAGUUCAAGCAGUCACGUCACCUUUUCUUUCCGAUGAUGAUACAUUAGACAAGGCCCCAAAUGCCCAGGAAUGGAUGGACAAUCUUGUGAAGGGGUUACGGAAAUUUGGCAAGCCAGCUGAUAAUGUCCCUGGCUGGAAAGACAAGCUGAAAGAUGCUGGUUUCAUUGAUGUACACCAGGAGAUCCGCAAGCUCCCAAUUGGACCGUGGCCUAAGGAUCCUAAGUUAAAGGAGAUUGGAAAAUACCAAGGUGUUCAGGAGCUUCAGGUCAUUGACUCUUACACUCCUGCUAUCUUUUCACGCAUCCUUGGCUGGAGCCACGAGGAGAUUCAAAUUUUAAUAGCAAAGGUCAAGCGUGAGUUGAGGGAUCCAUCCAUCCAUUUAUAUCUGCCGGUCUACUUCAUAUAUGGAAGAAAGCCUGUAUGA